UGAGAGUUGUCUGUCACUGUGGUCAAAGACAAGGGAGUGACUGUGGUCACUGUGGUGUCAAACAGUAACAACAUGUUUCCACCUCUGUGCCAAAUCCUCAAGACUCUUUGUUUCAGUCCAGUUUGCUGCUCGGAGUACAAAGGGAUGAUGCAGACCAAUGUGACUGCAGCUCUUGGGACCAUACAGAUCAUGGUGGGCCUGUUCAACAUUGGACUUGCGCCGGGACGAACUAGCACACAUUCUGAGGAUUUGGGAAAUGCUUACUGGCUGGGUGUUGUGUACAUUGCAGCUGGAAUCAUGUCAGUUUUUGCUGGCCGGUGGCCCUCUCUUUUCUUGGUGGGCUUUGCUGUGUUCGUGAACAUAGUUGCAACCGUCUUUGCCAUUAUUGGCAUUGUGCUGUACGCCAUAGACCUGGGAAAUGUCUCUAUCAUCUGGAUGUGUGACAGAAACAGGCACAAUGCUGAUAAUCAUGGUGACAACUGCAGAUAUCUGGCGUUCUUUGCCCAGAGUUUGUUGACAGGUAUGGACAUUACUUUGAUCGUCCUGGCUGUCCUCCAGCUGUGUGUCUGCAUUAGCUUCUCUGUUCUGGCCCUCAAGGCUUUAGUCAAUAGGAAGAAGGAAGAGAUAUGAACAAAGAAACACACAAAAUCAUAAUCCAAGUAAAACAAUGAUUAAUAGCAGUGAUAGCAGUAUUUCUUGUAGCUACUCAACUACCAACAUCAGUAAUGUUAGAGCUAGUUAUUGGUGUACAGUGUAACAGCUGAAUUAUUGUUAGUACAAUAUUAAAACAGUAUUUGGUAACACUUUAGAAUAACGAUCCUUUAUAAGGCAUUUAUAAGCUAUUAGUAGAUAGUUAACUAAUCAUGAACAAAACAUGCAUUUGUAAAUGAUUAUU